GCAACCAUAGUGGAAGGAGCUCCCUGAGUAAAGAUGUGAGGAGAAGCCUGAUACAGGAGCAGCAUCCAACACUGCUGAGAGCUAAAAGGCACCGUCACUGCAAGGAAAGCUUUGUGCUUUGAACAGAAGUCCUGACUAGAGUCCCAGUCCUUCUCCUCUUCUGAGAGUGUCUCAGUGAUUAAGGAAAAUAUUUUGUUCAAGUGGUCCUGGAAGGAAAUUUAUACAGCUGUGAAGGACCUACCCACUAAACCAUACAAGCUCCUCAUUUCUGCUGCAGGCAGAGGGCAAUCCUGAGCAAAGCAGAGUCUGAUAUGCUCUAUGUGCCAAGACCACUGUUCUUACCUUUGGUUUUGGAGGCGGAUUGCUGGAAUAAUCAUUGCUGUGGCUGUGAUUCUCCUCUUGCUGUGGUAUAGCUUGUCGCCUCCCAGAUUGCCUCACAUCGAGCCAUGUCCUGACGACUGGCUGUAUUAUCGGAAGAAAUGCUAUUAUCUCUCAGAAGAUCAAGCAGACUGGACUUUUAGUCAGAACUUCUGCCUUGCACAUGGAGCUUCCCUUGCGGUGAUUGACAGCAAACAAGAAAUGCAUUUCAUAAUGAAUCGGAUGCGCACGAGAGACUUCUGGAUUGGGCUGUACAAGCAAGAAGAUGAGUUCCACUGGCUAAGUGGAGAGGCGCUUGACACGAACCUAUUUUAUAUAAACAUAUCACGUUAUGAAAACUGUGGCCAUACAGCUUCCGCCUCCAUCUCCGCAUCAAAGUGCCGGUUAAAAAAGAAAUGGCUCUGCAGCACGCCUCAGCUUCAGUCCAGCACACUUUCCCUUUAGGACACAGCUGGAUAUGUAAAUCUGUUUACUUUCUUCACACAUGGAUCUGUGGGUUAGAGUUCACAAUAUGUACACAAAUUAAAAUUCUGGAUCAUGGUGUCAACAGAGAAAACAAAGCCAACAGAGGGGUGGGGGCUCCUGGAUGAACACUCUUCCAUAUCAGUUGGAUAAUCCCAAGAACAACUUUUCCUACUAUAAUGGUGAGGCUAUAGCUACUACUGAGCAGAUAGGAUCAGAGGGUAGUUGUGUUGUAAUGAGAUUAAUUACAGCAGUGAUUAUAGUGAGUGGGAUAAAACACUCAACAUAACAGACCUUAGAUAUUGUCGCCCUAUAAAUAUUUGCUGGUCUAAACCAUAACCUAACUACAUAUAUGGUGAAAUAGAUGAAAAAAUCCAGGAAAAACAAUCACUUAUCUGAGCCAGCUCUAAAAACACAUUUCUAGACACAGCAUGCUAGCUGUUCAUUCACAAAGAAGAAUCGAAUUUAUUGGAGCACAAAUUCAGCCAUAGAAGACAUGGAAAUCCUCCUUGAGAACUAUGACAUAGAGGUGCAAAAUAAAUGACUUUUUAUAGAAGGUUUUCUUGGGAUAUGUAAAAUGACCACAAA